GGUUGCAGAGAGACUCGCUGGGUUAUACAGGGAUUGUUUUGCUAGAUAUGUCAGCUUACAGAGGACACUUCUCUGCUUCUUAAAACAAAAAAAGAAAACAAAAAAAAAUCCAAAAUGUCCUUUCCCAACAGCUCUCCUGCAGCAAACACUUUUUUGGUAGAUUCCUUGAUUGGGGCGUGCAGAACAGAUUUUUAUUCCAGCAGUAACAUGUACAUGCCAGCAGCCACUGCAGAAAUGGGAACCUAUGGAAUGCAAACCUGUGGACUCCUGCCGGCUCUUGGCAAACGGGGGGAAGUAAACCACCAAAACAUGGACAUGACCGUCCACUCGUACAUACCUCAAACUGAUACCUGGGCAGAUCCGAGCAGGUCCUGCCGAUUAGAGCAACCGCUCAACCAGAUGUCCACCUGCACAUUUUCACAAAGCAUAAAAGAAGAGACUAACUGUUGUAUGUACUCCGACAAGAGAGCAAAGGUCAGUUCGUCUGAGAUACCCGCGUACUCCAGCCUGAUUCCCGAAUCAUGUUCUGUUGAUAGUCCUGAGAUUCCGGUCCCUGGCUAUUUUAGACUGAGCCAAACUUACGCGACGGCGAAAAACCCGGACUAUGACAACGAGACGAUGAGCCCAAACACCACGUUAAUGCAGCUGAACAGGGCGACUCCAAAGGCACAGUCAACGCCCUUUGUCGAGGUGGAAAAAAAGCUUGCGCACGAUCGGGACACAAGGAGCUCUUCCCCGGCGCAGAGUCCAGAGCCCAAAGUCAGCACGCUGGAGGAGAAGAAUUGCUCAACUGAGGCGUCUGUUUCCAGCCCCGAAUUGCCACACAGAGAAGGCAAAGAAUCUAAAAACGACACACCGACGAGCAACUGGUUAACCGCGAAGAGUGGAAGGAAAAAGAGAUGUCCAUACACAAAACACCAGACCUUGGAAUUAGAAAAGGAGUUUUUAUUCAACAUGUAUCUGACUCGGGAGCGCCGUCUAGAGAUAAGCAAAAGCGUCAACCUGACUGACAGACAAGUGAAAAUCUGGUUCCAAAACCGCAGGAUGAAACUCAAGAAGAUGAGCAGAGAAAACCGUAUCCGUGAACUGACGUCCAAUCUCACUUUUUCGUGAGCACGCAGACAAGUGCAAAUCAAAAACCUAGUCCCUCAUUUCGGUCCAUCUAUGUUCUCCUGUGUAAUGAUGACAUGAUGGCAGUGUGCAUUGUUUUUGGCUACUUUCACGUUGCAGUCUUGUGAUCGUCGCUAAAUCCUUGUCAUUUAUUGCUGCAUCUUUGAAAUGUACAUUUGAAAUGUGAAGCUUUGUGUAAUUAUCAUGUUACACAGGGUAUACAAGUGGUGUUAGGUCUUAACUUAUAAAAGAAGAUAGAAACCGGCUAUUUCUGACGGCUUCAUUUCAGCGGGGAUAGAAGAAAAUGUCGCAAACACAUUUGCGUCAGCCUCUAAAAAACAAAAAGUCUUGGACAAGAAAGCACAUUUGAAAGUGAAGAUUACCCAUUCUUUCUCCAGUGAAAACGUACAUUUGUCUCAAAAUAAUAAUGUAUUUCUGUAUAAUAGGUGUUUAAAUAUGUCUGUAUAAGUGCAUGUUUGUGGCAUGUGGUCAAUAGACUAAUAAAUUGAUUAUGUCA